AUUACAAUAACUAAAAUAUUAUGAAUAAUUAUAUCACACCAUUUGGUGAUCUGAGUCAGAAAUGUGCCGAAGAACAAUUUUCUGGGAGUGCCUUUCAAUCAAAUAAAUUUUCAGCCUUUGAGCAUGCUCAAGAAAAUUUAUUUCCUGAUAUCUUAUCGUUGUUGGCAAUGACAAAAGAAGACUUAACGAGGAAACAAAGUUCUCAGCAUAAUGCCAAUCAGCAAAGUAUUGAUUCAUUGGAGCCACCUAAGUCAUCAUGGAACAAGCAUCCUAAAAAGCCUGGCAGAAAGCCUAAAUUUACUGAGUUCACUUGCAGGAAAGACACCGUCUUCAAAACCCUUCUAAGAAACAUUAGAAGAUUUCAUUGGGAAAAAUUAAAGAUGCAUACUAAAUUUACAACGAAAAGAAGACAAACUCAAUCUGAAUGCUGGACAUUUCUUAAGGAGUACAUCGAGAAGGAACUUGGAAUGGAGCCUAAUGAAGAAUUUCUUUCCACACUCAAGCUUUACUUGCUCUCUGAGAAGCCAAGGCUUGAAGAGCCUAAGAAUAUGUUCAGAGAACUCCUAUACAGAUACAAUAUGUCCAAACUGCACAAAUGUUUGCAAAACAAGUACUUCAGAAGCCUAGUUUACCACUACAUCUUCGAAGCAGGUCCUCAGAUAUCCGAUUCCAACUUGAAGAUUGCCAUGAGCAUGCUUGAGAAGAAAUGCAAGGACUACGACUCCCUGUACCCCAACUCUCAUUUAUCCCCUCCUCUUUGCAGCAAGUUUGCUAGCAAAGGCCAUAAGUAGUACUCAAUAAAAAUUGUUCCUCAGUUUCAUCUUUCUCAAAAUUUAGGAAGGGCUGGUUAUACUUACUAUAAAUUGUUCGAUUUGUUCUUCAACACAUUCAUAUUUAUGAGAAACAUUCCAGGUAGAAAUAGGGGAUAUGGCUAUGGCUGCCCUCUUCGUUGGGACGAAGUCCUUAAGACAGGGGAGUUCAACGGUUUGGGAAGUUUAUAGCAUUUAUUUGAGAAAAUUCUUAAUAAUAUACUCCAUGCAAACUUUAGUUUAAUAGUAUUUCUAAGCUAACUAGAGAGGAAUUUUUAAUGAGAUAGAGUCUUACUUGAGCAAAAAUACCAUUUCAUGAUUUUCUCAAAAUUCAGUGCUGGUUUCUAUGAUGAUCCUGGUGAAAUGUAGGUCUAUUAUCUUAUUUAGCAGUAUAUAAUGUCAACUAGUUUGAAUAUUUCCUGCAAUAGUAAUCAGUAACUUCUCAGGUUUAAAAGAAAUUAGUUAAAAUUUAGUGUAUUUUUAAGGCUUAUGAGUUAUUUUCAGACUUAAUCAGCCUUUCUUAUCAAAUUUUAACUUUUUGUUUAUUCUCUUAACCUACUAGGUCGCCAUUAAUAUGUCUGCUUAAGGGUUAUAAGUUCGGUUGAUUUGGUGAUAACUCAUAAUAAAAAGCUAAACUGUAUUUAUAAUAAAGCAUGAAGCUUUAUUAAGUUCUGACAUAUUUUUCUUCAAGAAAUUUGCUAUUUUUGGUAUACUCUGAGGACCUAGCUUUCAGCCUAAAC